AUGAUAAUAUGUUUUAUAGAACAAACUUUUAUUUACUUCUUAUUUUUUAUCCUGCAACAAAAAAUAUAUUGCUCUUACAAAGAUAGUAACAUCAAUAAAUUAAUAAAUAUAAUUGGUGAUGUAGAAUUAUAUGAUAAUUUAAUAAAAUUAGAGGAAUUAAUGUUACAAUCUUUAGAAAUGGAUGAAUUAAAACUACCUAUAUUAAAUCCAG